UUCUGUAUUAAAUAUAUCAUAAUAUACAGUUUGUUUUUAAGUAUAAAUGUUCUAGAUACUUAAUGUUGUAUAAGUACAUGUCAAAUAAUUCUUAAUCGACAAGUUCACAACUCUUAGAAAUUAUCACGAGUUGUAGUGAUUUGAUUCAUGAGUCAUGAUGUUAUAUCUGCGAUGUAAAAGUAUUAAGUCAAAAUCGUUUAGAAUGUUUAGAUGUAUGUACUAUGAAUUUAGAUAAUUCGUAGUAAAAGCGAAAUGGUUACAUUAUUGUUGGGUAUACAAUGUGUACAAGUAUAACAAUAAUAUAGUAUCACGUGAAAUUAGCCUUAAAAUUGUUUUGUUAUCACAGGAUUUUAUUUUUAUUUUUUUGGUCAUUAUACUCGUAAUUUAAUGUUUACAAUACGAAAGCAACGAACGAGUUUCCUGAACCGUAUAUGUAUUGUUUCUCAUUUCAAAAAUUAAACAGUUCUCCAUCGCUGUGUUUCCGCUUAAAAUUUAAACAUCAAUUUAGUGUUUACAAAACACAAUUCACGAGGAAGUCUGUUCAUCAUUUGCACGCCGUUUAUAAAUAUGGUCGUACGAACGAAAACUAGCGCAUUCCCUUACGGCGUGUGGUCCGAGUUCAUCAAGUACAAUAACUCUAAUCCGCACUUGUUGUGCGCAUUACAUAGUAUAGCACCUUUGCUAACAGCUACUAAAAAACCAUAUCAUGAUGAUGACGAUGGUGACUACUACGAUGGUGUCAUUCGCAGUUUUGCUCAGCUCGACCUCACUUUGUUUCGCCGAUCAAUCCGAUGUCGACAAUGUACAAAGAUCGGCGAUGCCGGGCCAAAAGCUUAACGAAAUGUUAAAUCAUGCCCCCGCGGUAAAACCAAUACCGUUUCACGGGUCGUCGAGCGGCGCACAAUCGCUACCCUCGUCGACCGCAAAGACGCCGUGUAUUUGUGGUGUGUUUUUGAGUAGCCAAAUCACAAAGGUCGGUAACAAACAGCCAAUCGGAUAUGCCGCGUUGUUGCACGAACAGGAUGAACCAGCCCCGUGUAACGCUAUGGGUGUGAAGACUUGCACGAACAAGUGUUUGGAAAUUAUCGCUAAACAUUUGCCUAACAGUCCGGCAAUAAUCUGCGGUUCGGUCGAUCGUGACGUGUACAAGGAACGGGCGCAUCUGUUCGUGAAAAACUGCAACGAUUCGUGGAUUAACACGCUUUUGUCCACCGGCAAAGAGUUUUGUUGCAAAAACGGACAGAAUUACAAAUGUUCUGCAAAAUAAUAAUAACACGAACCAUGUGUAUAUAUAGUUAAACGUUAUGAAAUAAUAAUAUGUGUUA